GCCCUAGGUCCACUUGGGCGAUGAAAUGCAACUAGAGGUCUGUCCCAUCCUCCCUCAAUCCCUCCUUGGAGAAAGACGAACGCCAAAGGAGGCCCCAUCCCCACGCCUAUCCGAGCCCAGCUCCCAAGCGGCUCUGGAGAACCCACGAUCGAGAGGAGACCUCCGAGCUGCCUAGACGGGACCCGGAAGUGCGCGCCGUGGAGCCCGAGUUUCCAGUCCUGCCCAGGGGGCCGAAGUGGCCGCUGUUGCGGAGCGGUUGAGCUAUGACUGCCCAUCCGUUGUGUCGUGCUCUGAAGAAAUUUUAGGGGAAGUCUUGGCCUUGGAGCAGCACCAGAGAUUGGACCCAGCCCAUGGAGAAGCUGCCUGAGCAGAUGUCCCUGCAGUCCCUGUGCCCAUCCUCCGAAUAGGAGCCUCGAAAGAGCAAGGACGAGAAAACUGACAGGAAGAAGUAACUUACUCAAGGUCACCCUGCUGGUAAUGGCAGAACUGGAAUUCGAGUUCAGAUCUGCCUGGCUCGAGAUCACUUCCACCCUCACCUCGUUUGGCGCACGGGUGAGCGAGGUCCACACCGCAAACAGCCCCGGAGGUCAGGUACCCGGGGCCAAGUGCCAGAAAAUGUCACUGUGAGUUUGGGGCCAGGGAAGAGCCCAGGAGGCUUUUCAGCAGGAAGGAACCUCGGAGCAAACCCGGAUGAGUUUGCUGCCCAAGUUCCCACAAAUCACCGUUACCAAGAGCCUGCGAAUUCCUGUGCUUUCAUCCCUGAAUCGCCCCCAUUGGCCUAAGCUGGUCAUGGGGCAUCCAGUGAUGCUGACUUUGGAGGACAAGGACAUGAAGGGAUUCAUGUGGGCCGUAGCCCCAGCCUUGACCUCCCUGGGCUACCUGCUCAUACUGCUGGUCUCCAUCUUUCCCUUCUGGGUGCGGCUUGUAAAUGAGGAGUCCCACGAAGUGUUUUUCAGUGGCCUGUUUGAGAACUGCUUCCAUAUCAAAUGCUGGAAGCCUCGACCCUUAUCAGUGUACAUCAUUCUCGGCCGUAUUUUCCUGCUGUCCGCGGUUGUCCUGUCUUUCCUCACCACCUUCAUCCUGGUGUCCUUUGCAUCGCAGCUGUUGCCGAGGACCCGGAAGCACAAUUUGGUGUCAGCCUUCAUCAGCUUCCUCACAGGCUGGCCAAGGCCCUACCCUGGGAGGCUUCCAUCACAUGGAGGAGGUGGAACGCUCACAGUGGGAAAAUCAGGGGCCAGUGCCUUCCUGGCCUUGUUGCUGCAUGCCCUGGAGAUCCAGAAUCUGAGGAUGAAGCCCAGCCCCCUUGAGUUCUCAGUGCAGUGGCCUUACUACAUUCUGGGCUUUGCCAUCCUUCUGUUCAUAGUGGCUGGUGCCAUCUGCCUCUUUCAAGAAGCAACCAGCCUUCGCUGUCAUUUGUUGCCCAAUUCCCAGAGUAUCCAGGAGACCCAGGGGGUCAUACACCUGGAGAAUAUGGAGAGUCUGGGAGGAGACCUGAGCUCAAUACAAAAGGAGACACUGUUGAAGGAAGAAACAAUUAUCUAGUCCAGUAGAGUGUUCUCCACCAUCGGCAGCUGUGGGAGUGAGCAUAUGGAGGUGUGAGCAGCAGCCAGUUUCUGCUGCUUUGGGUGAGCUUCCUGAGUGUCAGAUCAACACUCCACUUCCGUACACUCACAGUGAUUCUGUCUUGCUUGUAUUUGCAAUUCACUAAAAAAGGUUUUUUUGAAUU